AUGAAUAAUACAAGUCCAGAGGUGAUAAUAUCGAAUGUCACUUCUAGCUCAACUGCAAUUGAUUCUUUGUCAACUACGGGUUCCAAAAUAUUGCAUGAACUAUUAUCAACAACUUCAAUAAUUUUAAUUACAUCAUUAACUUUAAUAAUAAUAGGUUCAUAUUCAACUGUAUCCAAACCAAAAGAUGCAGAAGAUCCAAGAUUGGAUAUGGAAAUGAAUCCAAAUUUUGAUCCAACUGAUAUGGACAAUUGUAAAUAUUAUAUAAUGAACAAAACAGAUUUAGAAUUAAACUCAAUGCAAGAUUUAUCAAUGAAACAAGUUUUAAUGUUCCCAUUUAUUGCAGGUGCAGCUUUAGGUGGAAUGUAUUAUUGUUUAAAAAAUCAAAUUAGUAUUACAUCAAUUUUGAGAUGGUAUAUAAUUUUAAUUACUCCGGUUAAUUGUUAUUUUACAUUUCUGACAAUUUCAACAAUGGCUAUUAGAAAAUUUACUCAUUGGAUUGGUAAAGAUUCUAGAUUGAUAACGGAAAGAUAUAGAUUAGUAGUUGUUAAAGACAAGGAUGUGUUUCCAUUAGGUAAGUUGGAAAAUUUACUGGAAGGUGAAGAAGAGAAGAAGAAAGACCAAAAGUUAUCAGAAGAAGCUAUACAUGAGAAAAGAGUUAAAUUCGAUCAAUAUUUAAAAAAUGAAAAAAUUAAAGUUUUCAAUGAAAGUGAUAUAUUAAAUGUUGACAAAUUUGAUAGUGAUUGGAUAUUUGAUUUUAAAUUUUUAUUUACAUUACCAGCAUCAUUAACAACUACUUAUUUUUUCAAUAAAAAUUAUAGUUCUUGGAUAUGGAGUAAUUUAAUUGCCUUUACAUAUGUAAUUUCUGGUUUCCAACAAUUUAAAUUAACAAAUUUUAAAUUAGCUCAUACUUUAUUAAUUGGAUUAUUCAUUUAUGAUAUAUAUUUCGUAUUUGGAACUGAAAUUAUGAUGACAGUAGCUACAAAAAUCGAUAUUCCAAUGAUAUUAUAUAUUCCAAAAAUUUUUGAUGUUGGUCAUUCAAUAUUGGGGUUAGGUGAUAUUAUUAUCCCUGGUUUAUUUUGUAGUUUAUGUUUAAGAUAUGAUGUUUACAGAUAUUAUGAACAAACUAAAGAAUCAUUUCACCAUUUAACACCAUAUCCAAAACCUUAUUUCAUUACAAGUUUAAUAAGUUAUUCAAUUGGUAUAGUAUUAACUUUAAUUGCUUUGUAUGUUUUCAAAGCAGGUCAACCAGCACUAUUAUAUAUUGUACCAUGCUUACUUGUUGGUGCUAAUUUAACUGCUUUACUCAGAGGUGAAUUUUCACAUUUCUGGUCAUUUUCAGAUGGGUUGAAACCAUUUGAUGAAAAAUCAAAAUUUGAAGAUGAUGAUGAAGAAUAUAUACCUGAAGAAAUUGAUGAUGAAUUGGAUGAAUUUAUUGAAAAAGUUGAAAGAAAAAGAGCUCAAGAAGAUUUAGUAGAGACUGACAUUGAUGAUUUGUAUUUGGAAGAAGAUGAUGAUACAUUUUUAAUUGCAGUUGAUAGUGCUACUGAGUUGCUUGAUGAAGAAGAACUGGAUGGUGAUGACGAUGAUGAUGAAGAUGACGAAGAAUUUGAUUCGGAUAAUAGUGAUAUCAUGAUUGCAGAAGAAUUGAAUGUUCUUGAAUAUGAUUUACAAUUUGAACCUCAAGAAUGGUACACUAGUGAGGAAGAAGAAAAUGAAUCAGAUGACGAUGAAUAG